AUGUCGUCGUUUGAUCUCUUCUCCACCAAAGAAACUCGUGAAGACUUGAGUGACUUCGACAAGGCGUGGUCGAAGUCACUAAGGGACCGGCUUCCUCUCCUCCGGGAACAGGCUUCGUCCUCCGCCGUCGCCGAAUCCACCACCGUUACUCUGUUCGUCCGACACUUGACCUCUUACUUCGAUUGCCUAAGCUACUCUGCGAAUCCGAACACCAUACUUGACCUUCUCUUCCCUCCAUGGCGCAAAUCUCUCGAGAUGCCGAUUCUCUUCCUCGGCAAUAUCCAUCCUUAUCUUCUCACGAGCCUCCUCCGAUCUCUGGCCAAUACAGAAGUGCAGGAUACGGAAUCUCUUGGUCUUUUUAUCGAUCUCGAACACUCGAGCCCACCUGCGUGGAGUAACAAGAACGAUCUGAUGACAAGAAUGGAGGAGAUCGAGCACGAGAUGCAACGUAUUGUCACUUCUUUACUGGAUCGAAUGAUGCAAGCACAGAAACGUUACAUGGAGAAAAGGGUUGCGUCUUACUCUCACAGGGAAACGAUUCUGGAUCAUGACUUGAUGAAUGAGCUUGCGAAUAUCUUCGUGGAAGCCAACGGAUUAAGGAAGACUGUGCUCAAUGAGAUCGUUGCAGCUACAAACGCACGCCAAAAGGCUCUGUUUCUUGAAGGUUUAUGCGAAUUACUUUCUGGGUUUAACGAUCAGAAUAAUCAAUCCGCUGCUUCUCCGGUCAUGAUCCAGCAGCCUCAGCCGCAGCCUCCCCGUGUACCAGAAACCUACUGUAUAUUUGUUGGUGAUUUGUCUCCGGAUGUCACAGAUCAGAUCCUUCUAAAGGUGUUCGCAGCUCGAUACCGUUCCGCGAAACCUGCAAGAGUCAUUGUCGACAAUGACAUCGGAGUGAAUAAGGGUUACGGAUUUGUUGGCUUCGAAGAUCAGAGAGAUCAACGUCUUGCGAUGGAACAGAUGAACGGUCAAAUGUGCACGACAAGGCCUAUGCGAACCGGUCCAGCAAGAAACUCAAGUGUUUAG